UUAUUUUUGCUUUAACAAAAAGCAAAUAGAGAGAAGCAAAAAGAGAAGAGAGUCAUUGUUUCCACACCUGCUGAACCCACUUUGACCCCGACUGUACAUAUUUUCCUGUUUAGAGGCAAAGUCACCUCCUACAAUAUUUUUUUAAAAUUCCCCUCUCGCCUAUGCGGGCAGUCUGUCCUUCAAGCUCGGCACAUUGUUUUCCCAUUAAGGUCUGAUGUGUUUUCAAAGUGUUCCUUUAAUUCUUUGAACACUGUAAAAGUUAAGACAGAAAUAAAUUAAGAAUCAAGAGAAAGAAUAAAUGAGAUAAAUGUAAGGGCAAAAAUGGCAACUUUCAGAGUAAAUACAAAAGCUGACCAAGCUUGCAAAACAGGAUGCUGAUAACAGAGCUAUACUGGUGGCACACUAUAUUUUAGAUUUUAGACAUCUUUUGCUCUCUCUCUCUCUCUCUCUCCCUCUCGCUCUCUCUCAAUUUCUUUCUUUGUGGGCAGUGACGUCUUACCUCACAUAUAUUAACCUGGCAUUUUUCUGCAUUGCAUUCAUCAACAACCAACAAGGGAGCUUCCCUAAAGGUAAAUGAUCUUUGAUAUUUUCCUUUCGUAAGUUUGUAAAAUCAUCACAUAUUUGCUAUGCAGGAAUAGACUGACCCUGGUAUUUACAUAAUACAAUAAGAUCAUUUAUUAAAAUUAAGCAAACAAGCACUGCUUUGAUGAGAACUCUUGAAGUAAUUGUUUUCUGUCAUAUUAUAACUUGUUUCUCACACAGUGAUCGUGUGUAUGUUUUUCUGUCUGUUUCUAAUUGUUGUAAAAAACGCUUUGCUGUAUUAAGGUGUAUUCAAACCAAACACGAAGGUCAUUACAGUUCUCCUCAUUACAUAAACAUAAAAAGUCUUUAAUUACAACUGACGUGAAAUUGCACUGGGCAACAUGAACAGAGGGGAAUCUGCCUUUGUGGCAAAAUAUUUCAACUUCUGAAAAAGGCUGCUGGUUCAUGAAAAUCAUCAUCUAUGGAUUUAUUUUUACAUAUAUGCACCACUCAUUGAAUAGAUUAAAAUAGCAUAGUUUGAAUGAUCUUAAAUAUUUUGCUUCACAAUAAGUGCUGCUUUUUAAGAUUACUUCAUUUAAAAUCAUUUAAGAGAUUUUAUCAAACCUUUUGUCACCAAAUUUUGUUCUUUUUUUCAUCCUUGUGUCUAAUUGUUACAUAAAUCAAAGGUCAGACAAAAACACCUCCUUAUUUUCCUGCACCUUUUAUUGAUAAUUUCAGUAACUUCAUGAGUUACUGUGUUAACAACAAGCAUGUCCCUGUUAUACCCAUUACUUUGUUGUAAAACUUAUUCAUCUUGAGAUACAAUAUCUUAUUUUAAAAAUUGCUUAAAUUGAUUAGUUCAUCUCUUAAAUUCACUUUGAAAUUUCUUCAUUUCCUUCUUGGCUUAUCACUUGUGAAAUCUAGACCUUAAUCUGCCUUAACAGCUAAAUCUGUUGUGUCAUAACUUCAGCUCUACUCAAGCAGAAAUCUAAAAGAUUAGGAAAAUUAAAGAUUACUUUACAUACAUUCAUACAGACCCUGAUGUCUCUUUUCUGUUCUUUUUGUUUUCUUGAUAUUACAGGUUUCUUGAUAAACAAUAAUGGAGAUGGCCAGUCUAAUCAAUACAACUGCUGCACCUGAUCUAAACGAUUCUUGGGUUGACUUGUUUUGGUCUCUUACCACCGUGGCUGUUGUUGUUUUCUCCCUGGUCUCUCUCCUCGGUGUGCUCGGGAAUGGACUGGUUAUCUGGGUGACCGGGUUCAGGAUGAAGAAAACUGUUAACACAGUUUGGUACCUCCACAUUGCUGUGGCUGACUUCAUCUAUGCAGUGUUUCUAGCCCUUAGAGCAACAUCCCUGGCUUUGCAGUUUCACUGGCCCUUUGGCAAUUUCAUGUGCAAGCUGUGCGGCACUCUAAUCAUUCUAAACUUGUAUGCCAGUGUCUACAUUAUGGUGGUGAUCAGUGUGGACAGAUGUGUGUCUGUGGUGUGGCCUGUCUGGGCUCAGAACCACCGAAAUGUACGCAGUGCAACCUAUGUUAGUCUGUGUGUUUGGAUGUUGGCUUUGAUUGUCAACAUUCAACAUUAUUUUUACAUGGACACAAAGAAAGAAACUGAAAACACAACUUACUGCUCCAACAUCGGGUUUUUUGAAAAAGCAACACCAACUGUCAUUCAGACCAUUGUUAUCACCCACUUCCUUCUCGGAUUUGCAGUCCCCUUAACUGUCAUUGUCUCUUGUUAUGCUGUCAUCAUCCAUCGUCUCAGGAGAAACCACAGCCUGGCCAGCCAAUCAAGUCGCCCCUUUAAAGUUAUCACUUCCAUUAUUGUUGCCUUUUUUCUGUGCUUGGCUCCCUAUUACAUCAUCGAUCUUAUUCAGCUGGUGAUAUUUAAGGCACCAAAUGCAACAUUUCACUUUGCCUUUCUAAUUGUGUCGAAUGUCGCCUCGAAUUUGAUGGUUCUUCACUGCUGCCUGAAUCCACUGCUGUAUGUCUUCUUAAGACAAGAUUUUAAGGCUGAAGUCCGAAAAUCCAUCCUGAAUGUGCUGGAGAGUGCCUUGAAGGAAGAGAAAAAACACUCUGCCAGUGACAUGAAGUCCAUGAACACCAGGCAGAGCAGAGAGAAGUCAGAUUUGAUUACUGAGGUAUAAAGCUGUAUAUGAGAUUAAUAAACAUGUUAAAACCUUUGAUUGAAAAAUUUGGGGGACUUUUUACCAGCUGUAAAUAUAACUGCAGAUUACAUUUUUAUAAGCUUUUAUAAAAUUAUGUGCUUAUAAAAUGAAUCUAAAAAUUAAUCUAAUGGAAACAGCUAAUUGUUUAAAUGGUGCUGUGAUGGUUUAUUUCUUCACUGUAUUGUUUUUCCUGACUACAUUAACUUUGUGCCAUUAUUAUUAUUGUUGUUGUUGUUGUUGUUGUUAUGUGAUUAUAACAAUGUUACUUCCCAGAAGAAGAACCAGUCAGCAAAAUCAAAAUCAGUAUUACUUUUGUGUCCAGUUCACUUUGUAAAACACAAAGAAUACCAGGCUUCUUACCAAUAUCAUGCAAAAAUUUAUAUUAGAUAUUAGAUAUUUGACCUUCCUACAGUUCAGUGUAUUCAUUAUUAUAAUAUAAGAUCAUUAUAUAAUUAUCAUGAUAUUAUGAUGCCAAACAGUCUCACAGAUUCUUCUUCUUCUUCUUUUGCUCUUUAAAAGUUUUUUUAACCCAAUAAAUAAUGACAACUGUGGUCAUUCUUGUAAUCACUGUUCCUGUGUUGUUUUACAAAUAAACUCUGAUAUGUGUAUCAGUAGUAUUUACUGAACAAAUCAUCAAACAUUGGAUAAUAAUAAUCACUUUUAAAAAUCAAUAAUGUAGGAUUAUC